AUGCUGCUAAAGAAGUCGUCGAAGGGCAAGUCUGUCUUGAAGGGUGUGCGGUCGCACCCCUCCGGCAACUUCGGUUGCGAGUUCCAGAGCGGCGGCCGUUGCUACUGGCUCGGCACCUAUGGUUCUGCCGAUGAGGCCGCAUGUUUGCGCGACGUCGCCAUGUGGCGUUUCGGCCGGCUAAGGGGGGAGAUGAAUUGCCUAGAGAUUGAAGACCGGGGGCAGACGGAGUUCAUCGGCCGGAAGAAUCUGGUCAUACGGCUAAUGGAAGCAAAGAAGAAGAAGCAGGAGAUCCACAUUGCUUCCGGCGACAGUGAUGAAAUGGUGAUGACAAGGUUUCCGCAGGAGAAUCCCCAGUAUGUUCAGAACGAGAUGUAG